UUUCACGCAUUUAGCAGCUGUUAAUCUUUAAAUUGCUUGUGUUAAGAUGCAGGUAUUUGCACAGAGACACUGCGUGAAAGUGCUGCAACUGUUUAGUGUACCUGUCUCAAUUUAAUGUGUUUCCAGCCUGCAAAAUAAUGAAGGUUUAGCAAAGGAAUUGUCCUGUGAUGCAAUGAUUGUAAGAAAAUAUCUAAUAACUGAAUACCUAACUUAUAAAAUAUAAUGUAAAAAUAGUACUCUGUAUUCAACAACUACUUCAACUAGAUUCAUGCUCUAUAACAUCAGUAAAACCAGACCUUACCUAUCUGAUUAUGCUGCACAGCUCUAGUCCUGCCACCUUUUAUCUCAAAACUUUUCUUCUGAAAUGCUUUACCUGCUGGCUUUUCAGGUUCAGAUGAUCCAGAGUGAUUUAAAGUGUUGCCUAUACAAAUAAAUGUACACACAAAGUCAUCCUUAUUAAUUUUAUAUGAAUUGUAGAGCCUAUUCAAUAUAUUGCAAUUGAUCUAUUCACAAAGGUACUUCUUCAUUCAAGAUUGACCAUAAUUAAGCCCAAGCCUACUUUUAUAUGACAUCCUUUCAUCCAUAGUUCCUCAUUGUUAAAAGCCAUGGCAUUCGUUCCUCAUAUUCAAAGAUCGCUACUAAGGCUGACUCACAUUUUUAUGACGGUUAAGAUCACUCAAAAUGAGUUUCUUCACUAUUAGUGCUUUCAUGAUAUGUUUUUCCAUAGUUGCUGGAGAAUCAUGCACUGAAAUUACAGAGAAUCUGCACUACUCAUGCAUGGGAAGAAACCUCAGCUCCAUACCACCAAGUAUUCCUUCAUCUGUUCAAACUCUGGAUUUUAGUUUUAAUGUUAUGAAAUAUUUACAGAAGACUGUAUUCCCAGUUUUGUCUUUUCUGCGAGUUCUUGAUCUGUCAAGAUGUCACAUCAAGCACAUUGAAAAUUAUGCUUUCUACAAUGUGAAGAAUUUGACUUCUUUGAUUCUCACUGGAAACCCUGUUACAUAUUUUGGACCUGGAUGCUUGAAUUCUUUACAUAAUCUACAGAGACUAGUUCUUGUGGAUGUUGGUCUCGUGUCCUUACCGCUUCAAAUGGAUAACCUAACCAAGCUACGGGAACUUAGAGUUGGAACAAAUAACAUCCAGUCUGUCUGUCUCCCUCCAUUCAUGAGCUCCUUUAAAGACUUAAGUUUACUUGAUCUACAUGCCAAUAAUAUAUCCAUCAUCAAGACUGAUCACACUGUUGUGUUGCGAAAGAUUGGCAGAAACAUGACUUUGAUUCUUUCUAGGAAUCCAUUAUUAUACAUUGAACCAGGAGCUUUCAAAGAUGUUCAUCUCAGACAGCUGGAUAUCCGAUCUGCCUUUGUUUCAUUUGCUGCUCAGAAAGUUGGUCUAAAAGCUCUAUAUGGUCUUAAUGUAAAAAAAAUGUUAUUUGGAAAAUUCAGGGGAGAUUUCAAAUUUGAAUACUCAGAUGCUAAUAUUUUAGAUGGCCUUUGCUCUAUUUUUUUCCAGGAAGUAUAUUAUUAUAUUAGUGAUAGGCCUGAUGAACUAAUUUCAAUCUUUCCCUGUAUGAUUAAUGCUACAAUUGUGGUUGUGAAGAAUGGUGUAAUUGGUGAUAUGGAGUAUGUAUUUUUUCAUGAACUCAAGGAGCUUUACUUGAUUUCCAAUCACAUAGCUAUUUUGCCAGGUAAACAACUGUCACAUCUCCAUACUUUAGAAAAACUAGUAAUUACGUACAACAGCGAACUUUUUAGUGCUGCAACCUUCAUAGACAUGCCUAAGCUUCAGUAUGUGGAUCUGAGCUCUAACCGGAUAACUUUAAAACGAUGCUGCUCGACACUUUUAUCUGGCACCCCUCAAAUCAGGUAUUUGAAUUUAAGUCUAAAUGCAGAAAUUGAUCUUGAUGUAGGAGCAUUUGAUGGACUUGAUUCCCUUGAGAUUCUAGAUUUCCACCAUACAAAAGUUGUAGAUAUGGGAUGUCUUUCAGUUUUGUCUAACUUAAAGUAUUUGAGGUAUCUGGAUGUUUCUUAUUCAAGUAUCACUUACACUAACAUAUAUUGCUUUUAUGGACUGAGCAGUCUUAAUGUUCUCAAGAUGGCUGGCAAUAAUUUUCAGGGUGAUGUAGUAAGAUAUUUAUUUAAUAAUCUCACAGUUCUAGAGCACCUUGACUUGUCUUACUGUCAUGUGGUAGAGGUACACUCGAGCUCUUUUAAAAAUCUUCAAAGGCUUAGACUUUUGAAUCUCAGAGGAAACAAUUUAAUGGCUGUAGAUUUUCUUACCCACUCAAACCUGAAACAAUUAACAUCAUUUUAUGUAGAUAAAAACAGCAUUACUAGCAUCCCACUUGAUGUUCUCCAAAAGUUGCCAACAAACCUUUCAGAGUUUGAUUUGUCCUUCAACCCCAUCGACUGCUCCUGUUCCCAGACAGAUUUUAUUUUCUGGAUUAUCAAAAACCAGAACAUUUUGAAGCAAGCAGAAAAUAUUUUUUGUCAAUCUUUUUCACUAAGCUCAGAUUUUCGAGCAGCGGACUUUGACAUUGACAGCUGUGUGCACAAGAAAAGACUCAUAAUUGUUUUAUCAGUAUGUUUUGUUAUAUUAGUAGUCGUGUUAUCAGUCUUGGCUUAUAGGUUCCAGUUUUAUCUUCAGUAUUGCUGUAUUCUAAUGAGAGGCUACAGAUCACCUGCACAACAAGAAUGUUCCUAUGACGCAUUUGUGAUUUUCUCCAGCUAUGAUGAAGUCUGGGUCAUGAAUGAACUGAUGGAGAAUCUGGAGAACGGUGUUCCACCUAUUCAUCUUUGCCUUCACAUGCGGGACUUUCAAGCAGGGAAGUCCAUCGCCUCCAACAUUAUCGAUGAAGGAAUAAUGGGCAGUCGAAAAGUCAUUGUGGUUGUGUCUCAACACUUCAUUGAUAGCGCCUGGUGUCGCUUUGAGUUUGAAUUGGCUCAGUCCCGGUUUAUUAUGGAACGCAAUGCCAACAUCAUCAUCAUCAUACUGGAAGAUGUGGAAGAGAGGAAGACUAAGAAAGUGUUUGGUCUUCAUAAGCAUCUGAAAAAGAAUACAUACCUGAAGUGGAGCAGGGAACCUUUGAGUAACAUGAGAUUCUGGAUACGGCUCAGGAGAGCUAUUAUUGCCACAAAGCAAUAAUAUUGUUUAGAAAAUUGAUAAUUCCUAUGUACUCUUUCGGAUAUUUUGUCAGCUUUUCACUCAUGAUAAAUUUUAUAGCAGCUUUAGUAACAGUUUUGACUUAAUCAU